AUGUCUCCCCAAUCCAGAGGCGGCGGCCGACUCCAGCGCUGCCAAGAUGGUACUGAUAUUGCCCCGGCCUCGCAGCCCGUAGCAGGGCCCAGUGCUCCAUCUCCAGCCUUGCGUACCCAGGUCCUCUUCCGCCGGAGUAGCCAUACCCUUGCUCACACGAAUAGUGCUCAAUCUGUCGCAUCAAGAGGUGCCGGCCUGACUUCCCCGUCUAGGCCUUCGACUGCAGACCCCGCCACCACGCCGGCUCGGAGCACAGCCAGCUACUUUGAGACUUAUACCCCUUACAAGCUCAAUCCCAAGCUGACUCCUUCGAUCAGAGACCGGCGCGACAAGGUAAGGCCGAGCAAGCCAGAACACCUCGACACUAAAACGCCAGUCGACGCCAGGUGUCUGGCAGUAGAGGCUGGGACCGCUCGGAAGCCGCCGUUGGAGGCGCACACCAGCACCGUUCAUCCAAGAGCUGGAAGCAAUUACAGGUCAGCUUCACCAUCGCCGUUGGAGGACAGAACCGUGCUUUCACCGUCCUCGUCCCUCUCGGCCUCACAGAGCACAAGCAGUGUGCUGAACGUCAGGGCUCCGCUUGAGACUGGCUUCGAUCAGCGUGGCAUACAAAACGGCAAGGCCGCAUCGGUAGAAGCAUACAGGAGGACCGCUAAACAGUCUGCCACUGGGGACCUCCUGAUGAACAGCGAUCCAGUGCAAAGACCAUCUCGCCUCCAGCGGGGAGCCCGGGAGAGAUCACUGGAUAUGCCUACGUCUGAUACAGCAGCGCGGAUCCGGCCGCCGCUUGCGCAGUCGCUGUCAUCGCCAUCUGACUCUUUUCCUUCAACCUCGCGAGUGCAGAGGUCAUACGACUCAGACAGCGACGACCAGUCCUUCGACUCAGUCACACUUGAAGCACAAAAGAUGUGUCAUCCGGAUCCACAAGGGCAAGAGCGCACAAGGAAGAAGUCGCUCGGUUCUGCAAUGUCAGCCGCAACGAACAUACCAGCUAAAGCCUUGCCGCUUGCGACGCUCCCCAAACCACUGCGUCAUGCCAUAUCCUUCCCAGACCGGAGGCGUGCUCAUUAUACAUCUUCAGAGUCGCCGAAGGUUCCAGACAUACCGGCAACAAUAUAUCAAUUUGCUCCCCCGCAACCGAUUCUGUCAUCUAAGGGGGCGCCAAGCCCUUUACCUGACCAGCUCAUACGUGAGAGCAGGGUAUCGAAGGAUAGUACAGCAUCGAGAACAUCUGCCACUGGCGACGGCUCACCGACCGCAAAGGAAGGCGUUCAAAGUUUUGUUCGAUCAUCACGUCUGACGCGGAUAAUCACCCUGGAAGACCCACCUCACACGGACCUCAAAGUAUCUCUUGCCGAUGUAGGUGCACCCGGAGGCCAUCCCGUAUUCGUGUUCCUAGGUCUUGGAGCCGUCCGCUAUCUUGUGGGUCUGUACGAUGAUCUGGCUAGCUUAUUGGGGCUUCGCUUGAUCUGCGUAGAUCGUUGGGGCCUAGGCAAGACAGAUGACGCUCCCAACGAAAAGAGAGGUCUGCCAGAGUGGGGAUCUAUCAUCACCGCUGUAGCUGACCAGCUACAAAUCGACCGCUUCUCCAUACUGGCUCACUCUGCUGGUGCUCCCUUUGCCAUGGCAACUGUGCUGCAACAGCCUAACAGGAUCUGCGGUCCUGUGCAUCUGUUGGCGCCCUGGGUCAGUGCAGAUUUCGAGCUCGGUUACAAGUGGCUGCGCUAUGUCCCGGAGCAGAUCAUCAGGACAGCGCAAACGGCAGAGUGGAAGCUCGCGGGAUGGAAACUGGGCAAAGGUGAUGCGGAGGCACCUUCGGCAAGCGCAAGGACGACUGCAGACAUUGAUGCAAAUCCAGGCGGAUCUGGUACUAUCGUGCGACCCGAGGGGACAAGAGUGCGUUGCUCGUCGGCUGCCGGAGGAGUGCGGUCAGCUGCCCUUGCAGAAACAUCCGCAGCAUUACGCUCACCAACAGGCAAAUCGCCAGUCCGAGCACCGCCUACGCCUGUCAAGAUCAAGACGUCCUUCUUGUCGUCAAUCUUCACGCCCAAGGCUGGCCUUAGAAGAAGCAACGGGUCCGGCGAAGACUUCUUCGAGGGUUCCGACAUGGAGGUCCUUUCUCCCACCAUGCGCGCAGACGAGGACUACUUGGUCGCCUCAAGGAGACAUCAAGCGGGUACUGGUGACGAGGAGAGGAGCAGGCCUAGUACGCCCACUGGUCGACUCAUUCGCAAGUAUCGACCCAGGAAUGGAUCGACGUCACAGUCCAUUCACAUCUCCCCGGCAGAUCUGGACUUCCCUACCUCGCUCCUGCGCACACGGGAUAGUGUCCUUUUGGAGGCGGGGAGUCAUUGUGAGGACAUGGCGACUCAGGGCGGACCAGGAUCUCACAGCGGCAAGGGCGAGACAUGGCCAACCCGUCACACUGCCUCGCCUUCCAAAGCGACAUUCCCGUCGCCGACGACGAGCGUGAUCCGGAGUACCUCUUCUCUCAGCGCUGGCCUUCCAACAACGGGUUCGACCUCUGUGGCAGACGAUCCUCAGCCCCCUUCGACGGCACCAGCAGCGCUGGCGCAGACGUCUCCGAUUCCAACUACAGCUGCAUCCACUGCAGAUCUAGCCACUAGUCUGCUCCGUGCCUCCCACGCCGAGUCCCUGCGAGGCAGCACUCCUGACCUGCUCACCAUCCUCGGCAUCCACUCCUCCUCCUCUUCUUCCUCAUCCGGUCCCACCUCUAGCUCAAAAAGGACCAAACCCUGGGGUUUCACAUUCAGCGAUGUAUCGCACCCGCUCAAGGUCUGGCAGGGAGACAAAGACGAGCGUAUUGGCCUCGGAAGCGCCUAUUGGCUUGAGAGGGAGUGUAUGCAGUGUGAACUGGUGGUGGUGAAGGGUGCGGGUCAUGGACUGAUGACAAAUUCGAAGGUGAUGCUGGAGGUCUUGGAGAGUCUCGCCUCGUACAAAGACACACGCUAGCUCACUCAACUGUCAGCUAAUCCUCGUCCGGAGCGCAUGCAUAGCGACAGCUUCAUCCCUCCCCUCACAUCCUCAUCCUGAAGGCCUCCACUUCC